AUGGCCAACCAGUUAGAAGGGUUCAAUUUCGAGCAGAGACAUGGCAAAGCUAGAGUGAGAGUUGCAAGAGUUUGGAGGAACAGAUCGGAUGAUAAUCAUUUUAUGGUGGAAUGGAAUGUCAGUAUCAGCCUGUUAUCUGAUUGUGUCAACUCUUAUGUUCGUGAUGAUAAUUCUGAUAUUGUUGCCACUGAUACCAUGAAAAACACUGUAUAUGCGAAAGCAAAGGAAUGUUCAGAACAGCUUUCAGCAGAGAACUUUGCAAUUCUGCUUGCUAGCCACUUCACAUCGGUUUACAAGCAGGUAACCACUGCCAUUGUAAAGAUAGUGGAGAAGCCAUGGGAGCGUGUGCACAUAGACGGGCAGCCACAUGAACAUGGUUUUAAACUUGGAUGUGAGAAGCAUACAACUGAGGUAACAGUACAGAAGUCUGGUGUUCUAAAACUGACUUCUGGUAUAGAAGGAUUGUCUGUGCUGAAGACAACAAAGUCAGGUUUUGAAGGGUUUAUUAGGGAUCGAUAUACAGCUCUUCCUGAAACACGAGAGAGGAUACUGGCAACAGAAGUCACUGCAUCAUGGAGGCAACAUCCCCGGGAAUCCACUUUACUUCACAGAGCGAUAUUUGGAUGUGAAAAAGCUUUAGCCAACACUUUCUUCGGUCCUCCUAAGGAAGGAGUAUACAGUCCAUCUGUUCAAAGCACUCUUUUUCAAAUGGCAAAGGCUGUACUCAACAGGUUCCCUGACAUAUCAUCCAUCCAACUAAAAAUGCCAAAUCUCCACUUCCUACCAGUUAAUAUAUCAAGCAAGGAAAACACCAUUGUGAAGUUUGAUGAUGAUGUAUAUCUACCAACUGACGAGCCACAUGGUUCGAUAGAAGCAAGCUUGAGCCGCUUCUGGUCGAAGAUGUAG